GUAUAAUUUGACCAUGAAUGACCCAAUUUAAAUAAUCUUUUUUUUAGUACUUGGCUUUGACAAAAUUCCGGCAUGGGGAGCGGCCGUACUCAGUUUUGGCCUGGGAACUAUCGCAGCUGUCGGCGUGAAACUCGUCGCUGCUCCCCGCAUUUUAAAGCUAGUCAUUAAAAACAGUAGGAAAACGUACAAAGAAAUGGAGAAAAUUGCUGACGAACAAAUGCCAGACAAAGAAAUUCCUCUGCAGCCAUGCGAAAUAAAGCCAGAGGUCGUGGAUGAAAAUCCGGUAACGUUAACGGCCGACGAUGGAGCAAAGCAUACACGUAAAGUGAAGAAGCUCCUACGGCCACCGAAGGUGGAGGAUCCCCUGGCCGUAAAUCUAUUUGCCUUUCUGCAAAUCAUGAGCGCGUGCUUCAGCGGAUUUGCGCACGGCGGUAACGACGUGAGCAACGCCAUCGCGCCGAUUGCAAGCAUCUGGAGCAUAUACAAUGACGAGUCGGUGAUGCAGCGAUCGGACGUACCCAUUUGGCUGAUGUUGUACGGUUCGGUAGGAAUGUGUAUUGGAUUGUGGAUGCUUGGUCAUCUGGUCAUCUACACCGUGGGGCAAGGUCUGACCGAGUUGAACGCCAUCAGUGGUUUCUGUGUCGAACUCGGAGCGGCGUUCACGGUGCUCUUCGCUAGCAAGCUAGGCAUCCCUAUCAGCACGACUCACUGCAAAGUUGGCUCUGUGGUGUUCGUGGGGUUUCUGAGGGAGAAAAGAAACGUGAAUUGGUAUACAUUCCGCGACAUAUUCCUUUGUUGGGUCGUCACCCUUCCCGUAACAGCACUCAUCAGUGCCGCCUUUGCUGCUUGUUUGAGGUUUGCCAUAUGA